AAUAGGAACGACCAGAGACGUUCCCGAAUACAGCGAGUAAUCCUAGGGACUGGGCUCACGUUACACUGCAUGGAAGACAGGGUCAACCCUCCGCUGCCGGGAACACACGGGGGAGGGCUGAUGCUGUCGGGGGUGUCUAGGUGACUGUUUCAACGGAGUGGCAAAAGUGUGCGUGCUGUUGCCCCUGUCCAAAUCCGCUGUCCCUACCGGAUCAUUCCAAGCACCCCGGUUCCCCAAUCCAGCACACACGCACACUGUUGCCGGGGUGUGGAUGCAACGUUUUUCGAAGUGGAGAACGCGACAAAAAUAACCGCACCAUCAUACCAGAAAGAUUUUUAAAUACAUCCGCCAGCUCAGCGGAAACCGCGGAGGGAGGAACCAGCCUCAGAUGAGUUACUGAUGUCAUCGUUUCUUCUCAAGGGCAUCAUGGGAGAUUGUCCCUGGCACCUGUUCCUUGCUGUGACCAUUGUGGCCCUCAGCUCCGCCCAGGGACCUGUCACGCUCACAGAUGCCCCUGUUCUGACCAACAAGCCAACCUCCCUCCCUACUCACUCAGCUCCUAACAUCACUUUGGCAACAGUCACCAUGGUGACAGCAGAGACAGUAGCAACAACAUCACCCCCACCAGUCGUCACAACAGCAAUCAGUAACCAAGGCAGAGCGGAACUUCCAGGUCCAGUCACCGCACCCCCGGCCCCCACCUCAGCUCCGUCCACAAAUCCACUUGCCCUGGCAACCACUGCCCCAGCUAUAACCUCCUCUAAAAUCAGUGAUGGCGGGACAAGGAAGGAGAAUGUAACCAUGGCGACUGCUCCCUUUACCCUUCCCCCUGCUACCUCCAUUGCAACGCAUGCAAAAUCUGAGGAGACUACCACGCCCCCUGCUGGAAACACCACCACAGGCACCAGUUUGCCUCCAGGUGGAGGUGCAGGAACAGGUUCUGCAGAAGUAACACCGAUCAUUGCUGUCAUGGUAGCACUGUCCUCUCUACUGGUAAUCAUCUUCAUCAUCAUCAUCCUCUACAUGUUGAGGUUUAAGAAGUACAAGCAGGGUGGGAGCCAUUCACACUCUUACAGGCUAACCAAUGGCAGAGCAGAUGACACAGAGAUGCAAAGCUUGCCUCUGCUGGCCCGAUCCCCCAGCACCAACAGGAAGUACCCGCCCCUUCCUGUUGAUAAGCUGGAGGAGGAGAUGAGCCGUCGCAUGGCUGACGACAACAAGCUGUUCAGAGAGGAGUUCAAUGCAUUGACUGUGUGUCCAAUUCAGGCGUCAUGUGACGCUGCGUCAAAGGAGGAAAACAAGGAGAAGAACCGAUACGUCAACAUCCUGCCCUAUGAUCACUCUCGGGUUCACCUGUCGCUGCUGGAGGGAGUCCCUGACUCAGACUUCAUCAACGCCUCCUACAUCAAUGGAUAUCAAGAGAAGAACAAGUUCAUUGCAGCACAAGGGCCUAAGGAGGAGACGGUGAACGACUUCUGGAGGAUGAUAUGGGAGCAGAACACAGCAACCAUCGUCAUGGUGACCAACCUGAAGGAGAGGAAGGAGUGUAAGUGCGCCCAGUACUGGCCUGACCAGGGCUGCUGGACCUAUGGGAAUGUGCGGGUCUCUGUGGAGGAUGUCAUGGUGCUGGUGGACUACACCAUCCGCAAGUUCUGUAUCCAGCAGGUGGGGGACGUGUUGGGGAAGAAGCCCCAGCGUCUGGUCACCCAGUUCCACUUCACCAGCUGGCCGGAUUUCGGGGUCCCCUUCACCCCCAUCGGCAUGCUGAAGUUCCUGAAGAAGGUGAAGACGUGCAACCCCCAGUACGCAGGGCCCAUCAUGGUGCACUGCAGUGCGGGAGUGGGUCGGACUGGGACCUUCAUAGUGAUUGAUGCCAUGUUGGACAUGAUGACGGCUGAGAGGAAGGUGGACGUCUUUGGCUUCGUCAGCCGAAUCCGAGCCCAGCGCUGCCAGAUGGUGCAGACGGACAUGCAGUACGUGUUCAUCUUCCAGGCCCUGCUGGAGCAUUACUUGUAUGGGGACACAGAGCUGGAGGUGACGUCCCUGGAGUCCCACCUGGCCAAGCUCUAUGCCCCCGCCCCUGGCGCAGGCUGCAGGGGUAUGGAGGCUGAGUUUAAGAAACUGACAUCCAUUAAGAUACAGAAUGAUAAGAUGCGGACGGGAAACCUUCCAGCCAACAUGAAGAAGAACCGGGUCCUGCAGAUCAUUCCCUACGAGUUUAACAGGGUGAUCAUUCCAGUGAAGAGAGGUGAUGAGAACACGGAUUAUGUCAACGCCUCCUUCAUAGAUGGGUACAGGCAGAAGGACUCAUACCUGGCCAGCCAGGGCCCCCUGCAGUACACUGUGGAGGACUUCUGGAGGAUGAUCUGGGAGUGGAGGAGUUGCUCCAUCGUCAUGCUGACAGAACUGGAGGAGAGGGGGCAGGAAAAGUGUGUUCAGUACUGGCCCAGUCAGGGGUCCCUGCUUUGUGGGGACAUCACCAUCGAACUGAAGAGGGAGGAGGAAUGUGAGAGCUACACUAUCAGGGAUCUUCUCGUCACCAACAACAGAGAGAACAGGGCUCGGCUGGCACGGCAGUUCCACUUCCACGGCUGGCCGGAGGUGGGGAUCCCGGCAGAUGGGAAGGGGAUGAUCAGCCUGAUCGCCGCCGUGCAGAAACAGCAGCAGCAGUCUGGCAACCACCCCAUCACUGUGCACUGCAGCGCUGGGGCGGGCCGCACCGGAACCUUCUGCGCUCUGAGCACAGUCCUGGAGAGGGUGAAGGCUGAGGGCAUCCUGGAUGUGUUCCAGACCGUCAAGAGUCUGAGGCUGCAGCGACCGCACAUGGUCCAGACACUGGAGCAGUAUGAGUUCUGUUACAAAGUGGUUCAGGAGUACAUCGAUGCCUUCUCUGACUACGCCAAUUUCAAAUAGCACAGGGGAUGCAGGAACAAGAGGACUGCCCUCACCUGACCAAUACAGCGCGACAGAUGGAGAGACAGGCAUCCCGAGGCCCGGGGCGGGGCCAGGGAGGUGUGUUGGCCGAGGGGUGGGGAUCAGAGAUGCCUUGUGAAGUUUCUGUAAUGCCCUUAUUGUUCAUGUCCCCCCCCCCCCUCCCACUCACCACACAACACAUUGAAGCCUGGUGUGUUCGUGCUCAGCGCGGCUGCGCUCUUAGGGGCUGUCCUACCCAUGCUCACUGUUGGUAUAUAUGAACAUAUGUACAUAUUAACAUAGAUAUUUUAUUAUUGAUGCUACAAAUGUGAAAUUUGGGAAGUGGUGUGUGUAGGGGGUGGUUUGAAAUGAUGGAUUCUGAAUCGAGUGACUGGCUUAGAUGUACACUGAACAACUGUGACACAUUCAUACACACACAUGCUCAGUUACACACAGUAUGCAUUUCAUACACAGCCACAUACAUAUGUAGUUUUGUGGUGUGCGGGGACUGGUAAGUAUCGAUGCUUUGCUUGCACUGAAGUAAGUGUGUGUGUGUGUGUGUGUGUGUGUGUGUGUGAGAGAGAGAGAGAGAGGGAGAAAGAGAA